UUUUUUUAUAAUCUUUGUGAGCUUAAUCUGAAACAAUGGCCGGUGUUUGCAAGCCUUUUGAAAUUGAUAUGACGAUGUACGCCGAAAUCCGUUCGAACGUGAUUGACAAGUUGGUGUCUCUGGCUGGAAAGAAGCACGGAAUCGCUCUCCUGGAGGGUGGCAAGCAGCAGACUCGCUAUGAGGCUGAUACUGAUGUGAUGUUCCGUCAGGACUCGAAGUUCCACUACCUUUUCGGUGUGAAGGAGCCUGACUUCUAUGGCGCCAUUGAGACCGACACCAAGAAGGCCAUUCUCUUCAUUCCUAAGCUCCCUGCUGAUUUUGCUGUGUGGAUGGGACCCAUUCUGCCCGCUAGCUACUACAAGGAUCUCUACAAGGUGGACGAGGUUCGUUUCACCGACGAGAUCGCUGCCUACUUCAGCGAAUUCGCUCCUGAAGUGGUGUACGUGACCAAGGGAGUGAACAGCGACAGUGACAAGACCGCCAUUCCUGCGCACUUCGACGGAAUCGAGAAGUACAACGUGGACGAGAAGUACCUGUUCGAGGCCAUCACGGAGUGCCGUGUCUUCAAGACCGCGAAGGAGAUGGAGAUCUAUCGCUACGCUGGUCGCGUUGGCGCUCAGGCUCAUCUGGACAACAUGGCCGCUCUGCAGCCGGAGAUGUAUGAGUCCCAGAUCGAGUCGACGUUCAUGCACUCUUGCUACUUCAAGGGCGCGUGCCGUCAGUUCUCGUUCAUUCCGAUUUGCGCUUCGGGCCGCAACAGCAGCAUUCUGCACUACGGACAUGCUGGCGCGCCCAACGACCGUCUGAUGCACGACGGCGACUGGCUGCUGAUGGAUAUGGGUACCGAGUACAAGUGCUACGCCUGCGAUAUCACCACCGUGUGCCCUGUGAACGGCAAGUUCACUCCCGAGCAGCGCUUCAUCUACGAGACCGUGCUGGACAUGAACCGCCAGUGCCAGAAGAUGAUGAAGCCCGGUGUGAACUGGCGCGAUGUGCACACUCUCGCUAACCGCGUGAUGUGCGAGCACUUCAAGGAGCAGGGUCUGUUCGUGGGCGAUGUGGAGGAGAUGCUGAAGGCCAACAUCGCGGGCUACUUCAUGCCUCACGGUCUCGGCCACUUCAUGGGAAUCGAUGUGCACGAUGUGGGCGGUUAUACCGAGGGCAUGGUGCGCGAUACCAUCAUGGGAUACAAGUCUCUGCGAACCAAGAGAGAUCUGGCUGAGGGCAUGCUGAUCACUGUGGAGCCCGGCGUGUACUUCGUGGAUUGCUGCAUUGAGAAGAUCAAGGCCGAUCCCGAACUGAACAAGUUCGUGAACUGGGAGGUCGUUAAUAAGUACUACCCGAUCGGUGGAUGCAGAAUCGAGUGCGAUUGCUACAUCACCAAGGACGGAUGCGAGGAUAUCACUCCUGCUCCUCGUACCUGCGAAGAUGUCGAGGCUGCCUACAGCGGCAAGAUCACUUCGGUGGAUCAGAUCAAGAGCUUCUUGUAAUUGAGAGGUGAUU